AUGACAUUAGCAGCUGAUUUGUCAAAAGAAACCUUGCAGGAAUCUUUGACCUUCAAGGAUGUAUCAGUAGAUUUCUCUUGGGAGGAGUGGGAAUGUCUGGACCCAGCUCAGCGGAAAUUGUACUCAGAUGUGAUGUUGGAGAAUUAUAGCAACCUGGUCUCCCUGGCUGUGUCAUCUGCCGACAAGCAGGACUUCUUGCAAAGGACAGGAAGAGAAGAUGCAUUAUUUGAAGCAACACUGCACAGAUUUCACACUGGACACGGGCCUGGUAAAUAUAGAGAAUGUGGUAAAGCUUUUAGCCAGUCUUCAGAUUUGAAUGAAUAUCAAAAAAAUCAUAAAGGAAAGAAAAUUUUCGAAUGUAGUGAAGGAGAGAGUGCCUUUUCAGAGUCCGGUAGUCUUGCACAAGAUCACAGAAUUCUUAUUGGAGAAAAGCAUUAUGAGUAUAGAGAAGGUGGAAAAGCCUUUAGGUGUUCCUCAAGCUUUACUUGUCAUCAGAGAGUCCAUACUGGAAAGAAGCCUUAUAAAUGUACACAUUGUGCGAAAGAAUUUACACACUCCUCAAGCCUUACUCUACAUCAGAAUAUUCAUACUGGAGAGAAGCCUUAUGAAUGUACACAAUGUGGCAAAGCCUUCAGGCAGACUACAUGCCUGACUCAACAUCAGAAAAUCCAUACUGGAGAGAAGCCCUAUGAAUGUAAGCAAUGUGGUAAAACCUUUAGCCGCACUGCACACCUAACUCAACAUCAGAUAAUUCACACUGGAGAGAAGCCCUAUGGAUGUACACAGUGUGGGAAAGCCUUUAGAGAGAAGGGGACACUUACUCAGCAUCAGAAUAUUCAUACUGGAGAGAAGCCUUAUGAAUGUACACAAUGUGGCAAAGCCUUCAGCCAGACUGCAUGCCUGACUCGACAUCAGAAAAUUCAUACUGGAGAGAAACCCUAUGAAUGUACACAAUGUGGCAAAACCUUUAGGCAGACUGCAUACCUGACUCAACAUCAGAAAAUUCAUACUGGAGAGAAGCCCUAUGAAUGUACACAAUGUGGCAAAACCUUUAGCCGGACUUCAGUCCUUACUCAACAUCAGAAAAUUCAUACUGGAGAGAAACCCUAUGAAUGUACACAAUGGGGCAAAGCCUUCAGGCAGACUGCACACCUGACUCAACAUCAGAAAAUUCAUACUGGAGAGAAACCCUAUGAAUGUAGUCAAUGUGGGAAAGCCUUCAGACACCAGGGAGCACUUACUCAACAUCAGAAAAUUCAUACUGGAGAGAAACCUUAUGAGUGUACACAUUGUGGCAAAGCCUUUACAUGCUCCUCAACCCUUAUUCUACAUCAGAGAGGUCAUUCCCACAAAAAGGUUUGUGUAUGGAAAAUAUGUGGUAAAGCCUUUCACCAGUCCUGUAAGCUUUCUCACCAUCAGACACUUCAUAUAGGAGAGAAGCCCUGAAAGUGUUGAUUAUGUAAUAAAGCGUUUUAUAGUCCUCAAACCUUACUCAAC